GAAUCUUCGCGUGUGUGACUCCGUGGAAGAUAUUUUUAAUUCAGUUUUAAUUAUAGACCUAUUUGUUUAUAAGUUCAGAAGAAUAUAUCGAAGGCGUGCACGUUAACCAAGACGUUUAGUCAGUGCGAUAUGAAUGCGGAAACAUGUGUUCCGACGUGAACAUUAUGAAGUGAUGACACGAUCAGAAAGUGCAACAACAAAUCCUAAAUCCUAAUUGCCUGUGAUUGGGGCUGUGGGAGAGUUGAUAGUGUGUGAUAAAAAUACGUGUAAAAGUUACAAAUUGUGUCUGAAUGUGUCGGCGGACAGCCCAAGGGCUCCGGCGAGUGACGGACUGAGGUUUUGUGCCGCUUCCGGUCAUUUGAUGGGGUUGUGAAGUUUUCUGGAUUAAAAGUCGACCUUGGUAUGGCGAACCCGGCGAUUGGGGCCUCCUUCGACCAGAAUGACAUGUCCAGCUGGUACUUCGGCGGGCUUUCCCGGCCGGAGGCCACACGACUAUUACUCAGCGAGACUGAAAGCGGGGUCUUCCUGGUCAGAGACUCCAGGACGAUACACGGCGACUACGUGCUGUGCGUCAGAGAAGACGACCGCGUCUCGCACUACAUAAUAAACCGCGUGGUCUCCCAGGACGGCUCAACCCGCUUCCGCAUAGGAGACCAGCUCUUCGCCGACAUGCCAGCACUGCUAUCCUUCUACCGACUACAUUAUUUGGACACAACGCCGCUAGUGCGACCACUGCCGCAAGCCAGUGUUAAGGCACCUCCUCAGCAGCAUCAAGUGUUGGAAGUUGUUGUGGCGCGAUUUGACUUCGUUGGCAAUGACCCAGACGACCUACCAUUCAGACGGGGCGAGCGUCUCAUGGUGAUCAACCGUGACGAAGAGCAAUGGUGGACGGCUCGCAACUCACAAGGAAGGACCGGCUCCAUACCGGUACCCUACGUGCAGAGGAAUUUGGAGGCCUCUGGAGCGCCGAUAGUGACGGAGGGCAUGACACAGCUCGGCGACCCGCCGAGUCCGCCCACCAACAGGAACCCGCAGAGAACCAACAUGCAGCGUAUCCUGCCGGCGUUAGCGCGCGUGCGACAGACGCGCGUCCCCAACGCGUACGACCGCACGGCGCUGCGGCUUGAAGAGGGAGAUAUUGUCCGGGUAACCCGGAUGAACAUAAACGGGCAGUGGGAGGGCGAGCUCAACGGCCGGACGGGUCACUUCCCCUUCACCUACGUGGAGUUCCUGGACGAGCCCACCAGCUAAGCUACUCCACUCACGUUCAGCUUACCGAAUAUUAUACAUGGGAAUUUUCGCAAAAAAAGAUUCAAAACUUUAAUGUCGUACUCAGAAUCACGAGCCCUUUCCAUCCUGCUAGGCGGAAAAAAGC